AUGGUUCGUCAUUUGGAUUUUUCCACUUUUUCAACCUGUGGUCUGCAAAAAUGUUCUUCGGCUAUUCAAAAUGUCGUUACUCCGGAUCUUGUAAUUCAUAUUCUGAGGUCUUUCCCUGAAUUAAAAGCCUUUUCCAUAUCUGAAUCUUUAGAAUCUGUAAUUACUCUUGAUGUAUUAAAAGUUCUAUUCUUAGAAUGUAAAAAUAUCAAGAUUAUUGAUUUUUGCGGAUGCUCUAGUAAACAAUUUGGCAAUGCUUUAGAAAAAUUUACACAUCUAAUUGGUCGCGUCAAAAUUGACCAAUUUCAUAACGAUAAUGAUAAUGAAGAUACGGCUGUUACUUUUCAAACAAUUGAUAAUCCCUUAUUAUUUCAUCUACAAAGACUUUCACUUCAUGAAUGUCCAAUCAUUUCGGAGUAUUCAACUAUCAUACCCCUUCUUGCUCAUGCACCAAAUCUUACGCAUCUUGAUCUAGGUGGUUGUUCCAUCAGUGAUUUAACAUUAAACUUUUUAGCUGGAUCUAAUGCUCCAAGUAAAUUAUCCCAUUUACUAUUAGCUAAAUGUAAAAACAUUUCAUCUAGUUCUAUUUCUUCUUUUAUUUCUAAAUGUUCUCAACUGGAAGCUCUUAAUCUUUACGGUGAAAGAGAUAUCUCCACUGCUAUUAAAGAAUGUGAUUUAAUAACUAUAUUACAUUCACCUAACGUAAAGAAUUUCCGUACUUUAGAUAUCGGAUCUUCACAAAUAACACCUUUAAUUUUAACUGCAAUUAAAGAGAAUUGUUCAUCAUUAGAAAAUCUAGGAAUUUCAAAAGCACAAAUUACCAAUAUAAAUCUUGUUAAAGAACUUUUAACUGCAAUACCAACUCUACAAUAUAUUGAUCUUACCUCAAUUCCAUGUUUUAAUUUAUUAAACACAAAUAGUAUAUUCUCUUCCAUAGCAAAGAAAAAACAUUCAAUUCACACAAUCGAAAUGAGUCAAUCUUUACUUAAAAAACUUUGCGCUGUUGACGGUUGGAAAAUUGAUGUAAAUUAUGGUAGAAGAUGGUAUUAUUCUCGUGAAACUCAGGGAUGUGUAAUUAAACCUGAUAGAGUACAUGGUAGAAAAUUAGAUAUAACUGAAUAUGGUCCGGAAUAUAUGAGCAAAAUUUUUCAGUAUUAUAGUUUUGAUGCGUGA